UUACUGACUCAAAUUGAACUUAUUUUAUUUUGCGUUUUUUACGUUUUAUAAUCGUAUUUCAAAAAGAGAAUUGACAAUUACUGCAGGUGAAGGAAAGUUUAAAUUUAAUUGAAGUGAAAUUGUCCAUUGACGAGUGCACAUUGACGAGUGCUCCGAUCGUGAUUCGCAUUAGCAAUCGUUUGAUUAACUCAAUAACAACUGGAUUAAAAGGCUCCCUGGAUAUUGAUUUGUCUGGCCACAGUUCCAUUUCUAAAGAAGAUUCAGAUAAAUUUUUACCAGGAAACCAAAGAUCACGUUGAGUGGAAUGGAGAAAAAUUCGUACCCAAACCCAUGCACUUGAGCAAAAUCAAUCUAGCCAAUUUCCGUGACACUCAGUUACUUCAAGACAAAGUAGUGCGCGUAAAAUAUACGACCGCCAUUCUGUCAACGCCCAUCAAUUUUUUCCAACAAGAAAAAUUGACCCCAUCCCAUGAAUGGCAAAAAUUGAAGAACACCGUCGAAGAUUUGAAAAAAGAAAUUUACGAAAGAAAAAACGAAAUAAUAGACAUUGGUAAAAUACCAACCUCAUGUGAAGAUUUGCAGAGAAUGGGGCAUAAAAUCAGCGGAAUAUUUCUUGUUAAGGGAUCGAUAAAGUUUGAAGCUGUUUAUUGCGACUUUUCCCCAAGCGAAAAUGAUUUACAAACCUGGAUUGGAUAUGUCGACAUAAAAUCCUUACCCGUCCAUUUCUACGUUACCAGAUACGAUUCGUUCAGCACCAAAUCAGUUCCGAUUCCGUUCCAGCGUGAAGUUAUCAACUCCGGAAAUGCAAUGGAUUCCACAUCGGGAGUAUUCAAGUCCCGGCGAUCGGGAACGUAUUUUUUCUCCUUCACUGGACUGGCUAAUUUUCCAGCUUCACCUUCCCCUGCUUAUUUAGGCGUUCAACUUUAUUUGAAUGGUGGUGACGAAAUUGCAGAGGGUCGGACUGAAGAGGCUCACAUCGUCGCUGAUUUAAAGAGUCAACUGACCCUACAGUUGACGCUGAAUUUGAAAAAAGGCGAUAAAGUUUGGCUACAAAUUUGUUGCAUGUCACCAGGAGUGUCUCUGUAUGACGAUAGUGCUCACUUCACUCAUUUCACUGGAAUCUUAUUGGAGGAAGAAUUUGUUCAGAAAAUAUUGUCUAAUUCUUAACAAAUGUAAAUUUUCCAUCAAAAGUU